AGAGCUUGUUGUUGAGCAUUCCCUUGAGGCCAUACAACACACUUCCCCUUUUCCUUCCUUUCCAUAUCCUUUACUUUCUUUCCCUUACUAUCAUCAUGUCAAACACUUCCAACAACCUGUCCAACGAAGAACUCCUAGCCUCCAAUGCUGCUCUCAAGGCCCAAGUUGAGUACUUGGCCAAGCAAGUUGCCCAACUCACUAAGCUCAAGAUGAGCAUGGUAAAUACCCCGGAGGAAAGUGAAGAAGACGAAGAAGUUCACCCCGAAGCUAACUCUAGUAACACCACUAGAGAGGAGAAUCAUGAACGAGGAGCUACGGAUUUCAAGGUUGACAUACCAACCUUUGAAGGGAAAAAUGAUCCGGAUGACUUUCUAGAGUGGCUGGAAACUGUUGAGCGCGUCUUUGACUUCAAAGAUGUGCCCGAAGAAAAAAAGGUCAAGAUCGUGGCAUUGAAGUUUCGGAAGUAUGCCUCCACUUGGUGGUCCAACCUAUCCACCAAAAGAAGGCGAGAGAAUAAGGCCCCUGUGAAGACUUGGCUCAAGAUGAGGAGCUUGUUGAAGAAGAAGUUCCUGCCCGAACAAUAUGUACGGGACAACUUUUCCAAACUUCAACAUCUAAGGCAAGGUCCCCGCUCAGUUGAAGACUAUACUCGGGAGUUUGAAGAACUUUUGAUGAGAUGUGAUCUUCACGAAAAUGAUUCACAAACAUUGCCAUAUGGCCAUUGUAAGAGAGCCAUGGAUUGAAUAAAAACUUCUUUGUUUUACUCUUUGAGUAAUUCUUUAAAAUAGUGCGAUGCUAUUUUAACCAAAUUUCCUAAUGAAAUAUCUCUAAAGUUGGCUACUUUUGAGUGCGUGUUAGGAGUCUAAUUUUAUACAUUAGUAGUGAUUAUUAAUGUGUAAAAGAAGAUAAAAGCCCCAAGUUAAGAUAAGAGUGUGUCAUAUCUCUUAACACCAACUUGGUUUAUCCCUUCACUUUAUUUCUGCCCAUUUCAUUCCUCACCAUUUCUUCUUCUUAAACUUAUUCUUUUCUCUCGUUAAAACACCAAAAAGAACUCUUUCCCACACUCCAUAUUUCAUCCAUUCAGUUCUAUCAUCCAUUUCCUUCCGCAAAUUCGUUGCAAAAUAGCUACUCGAUAAGACCCCGGGUCUCGGGUACAACAUCUGGAGUCUAAUUUUAUACAUUAGUAGUGAUUAUUAAUGUGUAAAAGAAGAUAAAAGCCCCAAGUUAAGAUAAGAGUGUGUCAUAUCU